UGAUUACUGUCAAAUUUCGCAAAAUUUUAGUUGGCAACCAAUUUGUCCACGAUUCUAAAUUAAAAAUUUACCUACAGUAAUGAAACUAAUUAAAUAGCAUAAAUGCCUUUUGAAUUAACAGAUAAACAACGAAAAAACUAACGACAAUAAAGUAAAUUGUAACCAACAUAAACAACGCCCUUAGUGUGGUUGAUUUCGUUGUCAGGGAGUGAUUAGCAAAAUUAAUAAAGUAGCGGAUUUAAAAGAAUUUAUUUUUAAACUAAUUUUAAGUGUAAUUUUGUGCAAUUCACAAGGAUUGGUACAUACAAAAUGGAUACCAGUUGGGAUAUACACGAUGACAUGAAUUUGUACAUAACGCCGGAACGUUUCGUUGUAGAACCCAAUGGAAAAGAUGAGCUGUUGGUAAUUGAUCGCGUCGUGAAUACAGUACGUGUUCAAAGCAAAGGCAGCCAACUGAACAAUCAAGUACCCACCAGACGUGUCUGUGGCAUACUUGGCACCAUUCAACUACUAGGUGGUCAUUACCUAAUUGUAGCCACUCAUCGUCUUUACGUCGGAAUGCUAAGUGGCGCCAUAAUAUGGCGUUUGGCAGGUUACGAUAUUAUACCCUACAUUCCAACUAUAACACAUUUACGACCUAAACAACGCGAACAAAAUGAAACCUAUCUUAACAUGUUGCGACAAACACUGGACACGCGUUUCUUUUACUUUUCCUAUUGGUACGAUUUGACACACUCCCUACAGCGCCUGCACGGCAUGCCACCGGACUUCAUGAAGAACGGUUUGUUCGAACGUGCCGACGAGCGCUUCGUUUGGAAUGGCGCUUUAUUGCGUAACUUUAAUUGUCCGGAAAUGCGCAAAUUCGCCUUGCCGAUUGUACUAGGCUGUAUGAGUCUUAAUUUAAUUAAAUAUUUUUCGCAUGGUAUUUUUGUAACAACUUAUUUUUUUGUUACAGUUGUGUCCAUAAAUCAAGUGCAGGUAAAUGGUCAAACGUUCUUUUGGUCAAUCAUAUCACGCCGCUCUAUACACCGCGCCGGCACACGUUUCUUCGCGCGGGGCAUUGACGAGACGGGUAAUGUAGCCAAUUUUGUGGAAACGGAACAAAUCGUCGAGUACAAUGGACAACGUAUAUCCUUUGUGCAGACUCGUGGAAGUAUGCCCUUCUUUUGGCGACAAUUGCCAAAUCUAAGGUAUAAACCUGAUCCGGAGCUGGUGCCGGGUAAGGAUCACUUGGCGGCAUGCUUGAAGCAUUUCGAAGCACAGGUGAUGCUAUACGGACGUCAAAUAGUACUCAACUUGGUGGACCAAAAACGCGCCGAGGGCAAUUUGGAACGCGCGUUCCGGACAUUUGUGCAGCAAAUGAAUAAUCCCAAUGUACGCUAUGAAGCGUUUGACUUUCACGCUGAAUGCAAGAAAAUGCGUUGGGAUCGCUUGCAGAUUUUGAUUGAUCGCGUUGCGCACGAGCAGGACGAGUUCUCAGUAUUCCAUUUGCGCGAAGAUGGUGGUUUGGUAUCAGCACAAGAUGGCGUAUUUCGCACAAAUUGCAUUGAUUGCUUGGAUCGCACCAAUGUUGUGCAAAGUAUGCUAGCCAAUCGUUCACUGAAUGCGGUACUACAAAAGCUGGGAAUUUUGCAAGCAGGCCAAAUCGUAGAACGAGCUUCGCCCAAUUUCGAGUAUAUUUUCAAGGGUGUUUGGGCUGAUAAUGCGGAUGUGAUUUCACUGCAAUAUUCCGGUACUGGCGCUUUGAAAACCGAUUUCACACGCACAGGAAAACGUACAAAAGCCGGUCUUAUGCAAGAUGGCAUCAAUUCGGCAACUCGCUACUAUCUCAAUAAUUUUGCUGACGGAAGUAGACAGGAUGGUUUUGAUCUAUUUCUGGGCAAGUAUGUGGUCAAACCAGACGAAGGCAAUUUACUACCAUCACCGUUAGUGAUUACACGCACUUGGCGCUACAACACGAUACCUUCCGUUUUGCUGUUCGCCGUGGCAAUGCUCUUCAUUACCGCCAUCUUUCCGGCAGAAUUUAAUACAGAAAGCUUAUUAUUCCUUUUAUUCUGGGGCACAAUUGUUGGAGUAGGCACCACUGGCAUAUUGCAUUAUGGAGUGGAGUUUGUCGACUGGCCGCGUUUACAUCCACCAAUUAAGAUCGAAGCCUAGCAAAUAUGGGAACGGCGUUAUUAUUUGCGUUUAGAUGACAACAAUUAGUAUCUCGUAAUAACGCCUCGAAUAUAACAUACUUAACACCAUCUUCAGUAAACUUAGUUUAAAUUUGUUAAAAUUUCAACCAGUGUAUAUUCAUGUUGGCCGCAGUUAUUCGCAUUUGACACUACAGUGUUCAACUUAAAAAUUCCUUGCUUGCUAUGAUCUAGAUUGAUGUUUAUUUUAUGUUCAUUAAGCCAAUUUACUGCUAAAAAAGAAAAAAAUAUUUGCAUAUAGUAGUAGUAAAACACAAAAACGCAAUAGCAAUGUACCUCCUGAUGGCAUGAUAAUGAGCAAAUACAUUUAUAAAUGUAUGAUGAUUUUCUUAAUGAAAUCCCUACAUGUUUAAUCAAUAAAUACCCACUAUUUCAACGAAGUUAA